AUGCAUAUUAUUCGCGGUUUGGCCGCCGUGGCCGGCUUUGCUGGCAUUUCGUGGGCCGCUCCUGGCUAUCCAGCAGGUCCUAACCGUGGACCCGGCUCUCAGUCAACCAGCACUUUAUGCUACACCAAGGUGGCCACGACUCCCGCACUUUGGCGGACAACCACCAGUUGGACAACCCGCUAUACUCCCUGCACAUCGACCGCGACCGUGACUGUCACCAAGACUUCGACUCCUUCCCAAGGCACGUCUACGUCUACCGUUGUCACGACGACCACUUCAAUUGGUUCUACUGUGACAGACACGGCCACUUCCACAUUGACGGUGACCAACACUGAAAGCACCACCACCACCAGCACAGUCUCCACAACCACAACCACAACCACAACGUCCAGCGUCGCAUCAACGGUCGCUGCUCCUGUUGGAUUUAUCCCCGUCCAGACCAGCCUGCCGGGCUCUACCUAUUCAGGCAAUGGUGGAGGCAGCCCCGUCUCGAAAAAGCGAGACCUCGUUCACGAAGCCCUCGCACCCAAAUCCAACGUCGAGCGCGGCGCCCAGAUUCCACCGCACGGUCCAGGCAUCUCUCCCAACCAACAGCGAAACCCCCAGGGCGUCACAUGCCAGAUGUGGCAGCCUAGUCCCAGGUGCUCAGUAAGCACGGCCACGACGACCACCACAGUCACCGGUCCAACACCCCCUCCGAUCACCACCACGGUAACUUCGACAGUGACAGUGACAUCGACCCCAGGCGCCGCGACAACGACCGUCAUUAGCACCACGACAACGACGUCAACAUCGACCGAGACCGACGUGACGACCAGCACGUCGACUGAGACAGACACGGCUUUCUCCACAACCACGACCGUCUACGCUGCCUGCGCGACCAACAACUUCGCCGACCAGUAUGAUGGCCAAGGGAUUGCUAACAUCAUCCCUUUGCCCAACGGCGGGGCAUAUAACGCCUACCAAUCCCUGCCGGAUGUCGAUGCAUACCAAUGCUGUGUAGCGGCUCUUCUCAGCACCGACCAGAUCCUCAUUUGGGCCUGGAAUGUCAAUGAUGCAGCAUGUAUCCUGGGUGGCAAUCUUCCGGGGGGUGUGUGCUCACAAGCGACCCAGCAAGCCACCGUUAUCACUGAAGGUGCUGACGAGUAUACAUUUGUAACCGGCAACGGUCCUUGCGGAGCGAUUAUUCCGCCAGCGUGA